AUGUGUCCCAGCUUGGGGUUGGACAUUUACUUCAUUUUCCUAACUGACAUUGUGUUCUUGAAAGCAUUUCACUCAAUUUUCUGUUCUGUCCCCUUUGCAGGAGUGAAGUUUUUGGAGGACUGUCCCAUACAGCCCCUCAUUCCUCUAUACUUGCUAGUGGGUGGGAUCAUCGGGACCUUAAAGGUGUCUCUCCUACUGUACAACUCCACCAGGAUGAGGCUUCUGUCCAAGGCCAUGGUGAUGGAUGAUGACGACGUCGAUGUAUAUCCCUAGAGGCAGAAUGCACACAAAUAUUACAUCCUCCUCCUCAGCCUCUUCCUCUUCCUCUGGUUCUUUCUGGGAAAUUACUGGGUCUUUUCUGUUUACCUGCCAGAUUUUAUUCCACCUUUCCAGCAGCCUCAGGAUUACUGUGACAAAACCCUGUACCUCUUUGCGGUAGGGGUCCUCGUGCUGGGCUUACUUGUGCUGGGCAACAGCUGUGUCCAUGUGUGGUCCAGGUGAAGGUCUGCUGCCGAGGAAGACUGA